CAUGAUUACGAGAAUAACAUCCGUGUUCGAAGGAAACAAAGAGAUGACAUGAAGGUUACUAGUUACACGACAGAUGACGUUAGUGCAGGGUUUAGGGUGUUGCUCUACACCUACCCCCAUUCCCAUGUGGAGACUGGCUCAGAGGAAAUCUACCUGGAGGACAUAUGUAAAAGUGUGGCCAAGUCUGUGGGCAUCAGCACUGUCACAUUUCCACUAUUUGGGUUUGUAGACUCCACACACACAACAUGGCUAGGCCUGCAUGAGAAAAUCAUCCCUGAAGAAUGGACAAACGGGGAUGUUUAUUUCCGCAUGCGAUUUUCACCAGAACAGAAAGUGCUACAGCACCUUGCUAAAAGAGAACCGAAAUUUACAGAGUACUUCUACAACCAGUGCAGGCAUGACUUUUUAACGGAGAAACUAUACAGUAUAUAUGAGCAGCAGAUUGACAAGGAGAAAUCAUUUGGGUUAGGGGUUUUGGAACGACUAAUCUAUUGUCGAAAAAAUGACCUCAAUGUGUGCAAAAUACAAUGUUUUAUGGACAGCAUUCCACCAACGAGGCAGAGUGAUGUGAGGAGCAGGCUAAACCCACUGAGAAGUCUUCGGUUUAAUCGCAAUUGUAAAAGAGAAUUGAAGAAAUUAGACGAGCAAGUGGAGAAUGGCAAGGUGGAGGAUCUUUGGAUGAGAUUUAUCGGUGGAAUUUUUAACUACGUUGAUAACUACUUGAUUGAAAACUAUGACGUACGAGUACAGUACCAAGAGGGCCACGUGGAAGACAAGAGGAUUUAUGUGAGGCCAAAUGAAGAGAUUGUCUCUGUAGGAAGGCUGAAGGACAUCCAGUCAAUGGAGAUUCAUGAGAACUGUGAGAAGUCCACAGAGUUUGGCUGGCUUGUGUUGGUCUGUGGAGAGAGAGUCCCAAAGAUUCUGAUGUUUAAAGAAAAAACAAAAGCGGAGUCAUUUAUGUCACUGUUGAUUGGGUACUACCGACUGACGGUCAACUAUUAUUUCUGUCCAGUUGAAAGAAUGGAACCGCCCUCCUUGAAACAACUAGACAAACUCUGUCAUGGCCCUGUUCGCUACACGUAUUGUAAAAACAGACUAAGGCUCAGAGGAGAAGGGACGUACAUAGUGAAACAGUCAAGUGUGUUGGAUCAACUGGAACUGAUUUACAAACAGAAGGAGGGCGAAAUAAUAACGUUGACAAUAGACUGCCUUCCCAAUGGAUAUUUCAGGUUUACACCUGUUAAUGGGGAGACAAGCAGAGAAGAACGGCUGUAUCAGUUGAUCAAAACUGACAAAAGGACUGAGCAUCUAGUGGAUGCUAUACCGCGCAAACACGAUGACAACUCUGGGCUUCUACUUUGUUGGAAAGGUGACACCGGUGACAAUGUGCCCACCUCUGGUGAAAGACUACCACAAGUAGUCGUGCCAUUCCUGAACGAGAAUGCUGUCACAAUCACGUCAACUGUUUUAGGAAUUUCAGGCUAUUACACAGAGGUCCUUGAUGGCAAUAUGGCUAAAGGUGAUACAAGGAUUACCAUUGCCGUGAAACGCCUCAAGAACCGCAACAGACACAAGUGUUUGGAGCCCUUUCUAGCAAUGGUGCACAGAAUGCGUGAGAUGCAUAGCUCUUACAUCGUACAGUUACUGGGUGUUUGUCUUAUGCCCCCUGUCUACAUUGCACUUGAGUAUUCUCCCCACGGUGACCUUGCAACCUACUUGAAGCAUUACCACACCAUCGUUAGCCCGUCUCAGCUUCUGCAGGCUAUGCUGUAUGUGAUCAGUGCUCUCCAGUAUUUAAUACCAGCUGCUCAAGAGAGUCGUUUUUUGGCACAUGGUAACAUUCGCUGCCGCAAUAUCAUCGUGUUUCACCAUACCAGUGUGAUGGAAGUAAAACUGGGAGACCCAGGCCUGGUAUAUCUCUACAACCAGCUUCCGUUAGAACAUCAGUGUAACCAGGAAAGACUUCCAUGGCUAGCCCCAGAGCUGAGGAGUGACCUGAAUGCUAUGACUCCAGAGAGUGAGAUAUAUGCCUUUGGGACCACAGUUUGGGAGAUGUGGGCCAAGGGUGACCAGCCACCCAACACGGCUGGAGAAGAAAUGCCUGCUUCUCUGGCACCAGAUGAGGAGGACAAGCCAUGGCUGCACGAUCUGAAGGAAAAAGUUGUGGACAUAAUCAAGUCAUGUCGUCAUGAUGACCCCUCCAAGAGGAUGCAGGUGAAAGAACUUGUGCGAGCAAUUUUUACUCUGGAGUACGGAUCUGAUAUGUCUGGGAAAUAUGCUUAUGUGGACGAGGAAGAAGAUCUGCCCAGUGUGUCUGCUCUAGGUUCUGAUCCCCAGCAGUGUUCACUUGAGCAACAGGCAGCCAUUGCACCCGCUUUGCCUCACCCUCGUCCAGCCAGAUUAGUGGAAACUAAAGAGCAUCCUCGAUCCAAUGUGCAAAGACCGGAGACACCGCCACUAGGCGAGUUUGUGUUCUGUGAAGGAUGGCACUGUAAACCAGAUCAUCAUGAACAAGGGACAGAAAACUCAAGCGAGAGUAGAACCAAGGAAAGAGAUGUGCCACCACCUCUGACCAGAAGUCUCCCUCCAUCGAUGGGAGCAAGUCGUUCUCCUCAACCCUUGCUCGAGCAAGCUGUCAACAAAGGUGGUAUUGAGCAAAUGAUUGGCAGAGACAGAGUCAAGACAAGCAAUGUGAUUGGAAGCGGACAUUUUGGUGUUGUGUACAAAGGAGAAUUUAAAAAGGAUAAUGGCGAAUGGAUUCCUUGUGCUGUGAAAACUCUUAAACAAUGUGGGGAUUCGGCACAGAAUGACAAAAGUCUGGAGGAGGAGAUGAACAUAAUGUGCAGGCUGAACCACGAGAAUAUAGUAGCACUGCAUGGGUUCUGCUUGAACAAUGCAAAGGAUCCUUACUGUCUGGUUAUGGAGUAUGUGAAGAAGGGCAGUCUGCACAGAGUCCUCACUGAAGCCCGUAGGCCAACAACCCAAAUCCACAGAGAACUCACUCCACAAGUCUUGUUCAAUAUCUGUCAUGAUGUGGCACUGGUAAGUGUGAUACGUUUGCAUUUUUAUUCAGUUCUAUAUUUUUUGUUACUGUGCAGUGUUAAAAAAAAGGUUGUUCUAUUCCUUGUCAGAAAGUUAAAGGUAGAGAAAAUAUAAAAAGCUCAGAUGAAAGAGUGCAAAAAGUUAGUUGUAAUAUUUGCCUCAAAAUUUUCUUUUGAUUUCUCUUUAAGAGAAAGAGACACUUUAAAAUAUUUUUGGAUGGUUGGUAUUUGGGACCACAGUAAAUAUAUUACACAUGCAUCAUAUCAUAUCCCAAAAAUCUCUGGUUUUGAUUUUUGCUUUCCUUGGUGUAUUUUCAUAAUUUAUACAUGGAUAUGUAGAGGAAUAUUCUGAAAAUAUGUAAUAUGUUCUAUGGCUUGAUUUUAUGCAAGAUUUAGGAUGCAUUUGAAGAAAUAGAGAAAGAUUCCCUGGUGAGGAGAAUUCAUGUCAGCGAUUCGACUUUUUAAAAUUGUAGGCCUUGUCUGAUGUACUGAUAUGACUCAUUACAUAUACAUUUUCAUUAGAAGUUUUUUUAAGUGUAUGUAAGCACGCAGUCUGACACACAUUACACACAUCACACAAUAAAGUCAGGUAUUCCUACGUAAUUUUGUAUCCAACAUGAAACUGUGAUAAAUUUACUGAUAAGCCAAAGAACUUGUCAUAGAGUCAUCAUAUACGGUUCUCACCUCAGAGAAAGCAAUGUGUUGGAUAUACAUAUAUUUGUCAGCACAUAACUCUGCCAUAAAUGCCUCUAAGUAGGCUUGUUAUUUAAUAAUUAAUGAAGUAAUUUAUGUUAUAUACAAAAUAUGGUAUACUCGAGUCGCCCGGUACAAACUUGAAUCCCCUGCCCUCAAGAGAAUGGUGUAUACGGGUGGUGGACCAAAACAGGAGGAGUCACAAACAGUAACCUAUUAGAACUUGAAUUUUGUGCAAAAUUCAAACUCGAAACUUCAAACGUGCACCUUUAUACGAGUACGAAGGUGCAUGGUUGGCAAAACGUACGCUGUCAGGGUGCCGACCAUCAGCGUAUCUCCUGCCACGUUGGGCGUAGGAUUGUUGGUUAGGAUCACGGCUGCAUCUAUAUGCCAAUAGGUGAUCCCAAAUACCCACCACACACAAAAUAUUGCUAUAUACCUUUCUCCGGCUUGAAAAAAAACAAACAGUAUGAAAGACCAUGUUUACAAAUACAUGUAGUUUUCAUGCACAUCUAAUU